UCUACAAUGUCAAACAUACGUCAAAACAAAGUUCAAAAAAGUUUCACUUUCCAGUGGUAAAAUUAUCAAUUCUCCGGUUUUCCCUGAGAUUGUUUUUGCAUUACCUACUAAAAGUUCUUAAAACCCCUAAAAGCACUUAAAAACUAAUGAUAUACCUAUAAAUAAUCGUGAAGUGUGAACAGACAGUCCAGUAACUUGAAAUGUUGAGGCGAGGUAAUCGUUCUUAAUUAAAACUAUAAAGAUUUUGUUAAAAUGUGUGAAAGUGCGAUAGAUGCAGUUCAUCCACGGUUUGCUAAGAAACCAGCGUUAUAUCAUAAGGGCUUUAAGAUAGCCCUGGUUCAGCUGUCAGUAGGUGCGGACAAGGCGAAGAAUGUUGCUGCGGCAGUCAGUGAGAUACACAAGGCCAAGCAGCAGGGGGCACAAAUUGUAGCAUUACCUGAGUGCUUCAACUCCCCUUACGGCACUAAGUUUUUCUCGGAGUAUGCGGAGGAGGUCCCCUCGGGCGCCACGUGUCGCGCUCUGUCCCGCGCGGCGGCAGAGGCAGGCGUGUGCGUGGUGGGUGGCACCGUGCCCGAGCGCUGCGGGGACGAGCUGUUCAACACCUGCACCGUGUGGGACGGGAGCGGGAAACUGCUGGCUCAGCACAGAAAGAUGCACCUGUUUGAUAUAGACAUUCCAAACAAGAUAACGUUCAAAGAGUCUGAGGUGCUGAGCCCGGGAAAUCAGAUAACCACAUUCGAGUACCAGGGCGUCAGGAUCGGCGUGGGCAUCUGUUACGACUUGCGAUUUGGGGAAAUGGCGCAUCUCAUGGCUAAGCAAGGUUGCUCAGUCCUCAUAUACCCGGCUGCAUUCAACAUGACGACUGGUCCCAAACAUUGGGAACUGUUGGCCAGAGCUCGGGCCAAUGAUGAACAGUUAUGGGUGGCGCUCGUCAGUCCCGCUAGAGAUACUGAGGCUGGUUAUGUGGCAUGGGGACAUUCCACAUUGGUAGACCCUUGGGCCAACGUUGUUGCCAAGUUAGAUGAGAAACCUGGCAUGUUACUUGCAGAUAUCGAUUUAAGCGUCGUGGAAGAAGUACGGAGUCAAAUACCGAUAAGAGUUCAGAGGAGAACGGAUAUUUAUGACACUGUUAUCAAAACCAAAUGCUAACCAAAUACUAUAUUAAAACUAUUUUUAUUAUGUUUCCUACGUUGCUUUAAGUAUCUUUGCUUUUGUUAUUGUUUUAUGCCAAAAAUCGUACUACGUCCUAUCUAGAAAUACAUCGAUAACUUUUGUCCUACAAAAUCUGUUGAGUCCCACAAAAUCCAUUGCAUUUAAUUUGAAUCAAAAUAUAUUUCUUGUUAAGACAUCUUAUUCUUUGGGGCUAUGCAGGUUCUUGGAUGCCAAAGUCUUUCUAAUUUUGUCUGUUAGUCAGUUAUUCCUUGGACGAUGGUAUGGACUACGGAACCCUUCGUGUAUGACUCCAACUCGCACUUGACUGAUUUUUAGUGAGUCAUUUCUGUGCUCCACGGCCAACUGUCCCUCAUCUGCUCAGCCUGUUAAAACUUAAAACACAUAGUGCUCAAUAUUAAAAAUUAUAUUUUUUUAUUAAAACAAAAUCAUGUUAUUUAAAUAAAUAUAAUAAUAAUAAUAUUGUUAUAAUGUGUAAAUGGCAGAUAAAAUAAUUAUUUUGAUACGUUGUUUAAUAUACAUUGUACUUAAA